GAUCCCAUGAACAGGUGAUAAUCCGCUGGUUAUCGGGCAGCCGUAGGACGCUAGAGACGGAGCUGACAUUAUUUUGGCUUGGGGACUUCACCUAAUAGGAGCGGGACAAUUUCAGCUCUUGCCCACCAAACGAACGCCAUUACUCACUCAGAGGUACUUGAUUUUACACAGAACACACACGCCCAGGACGAAUCAAAGCUGAAAAUGAAUGGACUUAUUAUUUGAUGCUCGCCAGAGCUAGAUGGAGCUUGCUGUACAGAUCAAGCGCCCGAGUCACGUUGUCUGACAACCACUUUCUUCAUCGACAUCGACAUCUCAGCAUCACGUCUGAUAGUCCUGUUAUCAAGCGAACAUCAAGCAGGAACGCACCAGUACUACUUAGAUUCUUGAACAUCUUUUUCUCGUGCGAAUCAGAAGACAGCGUCAACUUUAGACUGCCUACUGACCUUCAGGAAGCUGUCAAGCGCCAUCCUUAUCCGAGAGUCUAUGCGCUACUGAAGAAGAUUCUUCCCCUUCCUCGCUUCUCCGCGCAGAGCGGCAGUGCCUUCUCCAUACUCGCUUCGAGUCUAUUGCAAGGAUUACCAAUCGUUUACUGCCGGAACAUGCCGAUACUCCUUCUACCGCAACCACAACGUCAACGCCUGGACCGUCUGUCAAGCACGAUACCCGACCCCUUCAUUAGUACCUACCUUUUCAAUCAAUGCCACUCGUUAAACCCUUACUUUCAUCACCGCUUUUUCAUUCGUAGCGCCACCAACCUAACAGCGACUCGUUUAUCAUUUCUCGCUUCUCGCUACUCCGUCAAAUACGAUGCCACUCCCUUCAGCUACCGCCUUUACCGAUCAUUAACUAAGCCCUUUGGCUUUAUUUAUACCCAGACGACCCGUCCUCAUCCUACCCUAUAAGUAGCCCAUGUACAUUCCUAAUGGGCAGCAGAAUAGAACAGUAAAUUUCCCCAGAAGAACGUCCCGAAGAACUUAUCUUUUCUUAUCAUCGUUAUAACGCGCUCACUCCCUCUUAUCGAUUCAUGAUUGCUCUCGCA